AUGAAGAUCGCAAGAGACCUUGAAAGGAAGUCAUAUAGCAUUGCCAAACAGAAGGAGCAUUUGUCAUUCAACCACGAGUUAAAGAACGCGAAGGUAUUACCCAAAAGUCUCCGAUUUACGCCACCGGUUGUUUGCAGAGAAGGUACAGAGAUAAUGUCAAAAGCGGGUUGGAGCUUCCUGAGACUUCGCAUUCAACACAGUCAUCACAAGAUCAAACGGAAACAGGAUGAGUAUCACGACAAUUUAAACAUUUUAUCAAACAUUUUAUCACCAGAACAUUUGAAAGACCUCCAAGAUGUCGUUAAGUAUAACUCGGACAAAAUGAAAGACACUAUUAAGACCAAGCAUGAACAAAAACUUAAUUCAUUAGGUGUAAUCAAAAACACCGAAGCAUAUGUUGAUAAAUCGAGAUGG